AAAAGAAGCUUAAACCCUUGAAGCUGUGAAAAACCCCAAUAAUAAACGGAGAAGAAAGCAUCGCUAUUCUCUUCGAAUAUUUGUGUUGUUGGACUCUGCAAACAGCCGCACGCGCCUCCAACUCCAAAGCUUCUGAGUAUUUCCAUCUUCAGCGCAGCCCAAAGAGUUUCAUUUGCGGCAGCUCAAAUUCAAUUUUUUCAAUCUAGAAGAAAUGUAGUCAUGUUAAUGGUGUAAUUCAAUCCAAUCCAACUCUUGGCGAUUCAUGUUUUAGAUUUAAAACUUCCAUGUAUACACGAGACCGGCUUGUAAUUAGUAUUGAAGUAUGGGUUUUGUAAAAAUACUAAAUGAGAGAGUGGGGAAGUGAAGGCUGAAGAUUUUGGUAUGGAGUCUAGCUUUAGUUUAGGGGCCAUCAAGCGGAGUAGCAACAAAUGGGAAGGGUUUCCUAAUGUUUGCAGGAUUGUCAUUGAUUUUGAAAUCGGUAGCAAGAAGGUGAACCAUCAUGGCUAAAGUCUCAGUAUGGCCCCAUCAAAGAUGUUUACCACCUUCAUUCUCUCUGGGUCUAGAGAAUUUCCUCUUAUUAACAAGUUUGGCGAUUGCAUGUUAAUUGACUUUUUUGGCUAUAGGAUAUACUAAAUUUGUUACUUCGGCAAUGAUGGGAGAUCCUGAAGUUCCACAAAAAUUUGAUCAGUCAACAGAACCAACAAAAGAGAACGAACCAAUAAAAGAGAACGAACCAACAGCAGAAAACGAACCAUCAAAGGAGAACGAACCAACAAAAGAGAAUGAAAAUGAAGAACUGGGAGAACAUAAUGAGGAAGAGGAUGAAGAGGUGGGAGAAUGUGGAUUUUGUUUGUUCAUGAAAGGGGGUGGGUGCAAAGAUACCUUUGUAGCAUGGGAGGAUUGUGUCCAAGAGUCCGAGAACAAGAAUGAGGAUAUCGUGGAGAAGUGCUUUGAGGUGACUGCGGCCUUGAAGAAGUGUAUGGAAGCUCAUGCUGAUUACUAUAUGCCAAUUUUGCAGGCAGAGAAGUCUCAAGAAGAGGAAAUCAGAAAGCAAUUAGACGAAGAAAAAGCUCAAGAAGAGGAAAUCAGGAAGCAAUCAGAUGAAGAAAAAGCUGAAGAAGAGGAAGCCAGGAAGCGAUUUGACGAAGAAAAAGCUGAAGAAGAGGAAAUCAGAAAGCGAUUAGACGAAGAAAAAGCUCAUGAUGAAUCUGAAUUAAAUGUGCCCGAGAAGAAAAUGGAGUAGGCUGAAUCUGAAUCGUUCUGGCGGUAAAUGAGUUGAAUUUGCGAUAAUAUUUUUUCUUGAUGAGGAUGCUAUGAUUGAUUGUUGUUUACAUGUCAUUUUUGGAGGGACAUGAAUAGAACUGCACAAUUGCAGAUAGGCAUAUUCAAAGUUUGGUUGACCUUUUGACAUGAUCCCCAUGAAAUUUUGAACAAAUAAAAAGGAAAAACUAAAACUACAAAAUUGGUGCA